GAAGUUUUAGUGACUUUAGUAAUUAUUGAUUAAUUUAGUUUUCAUAUUCUACAAAUAAUUGCAAGCAAUUCAGGACAAAUUUGAAAUCAAGCUCGUCGCGCGAUUUGUCAAACUUCAACUUCGCGCUAUGAAAACGCGCUGCGCACCACAGCUGAUUUCAGAACACAUCCUUGUGAACGGAAAAAAAAACAGCUAAACAUAACCUAAAUUUUCUGUGGAGAUGCAAGUGCUUUUAAAUUUAAUAUUUUAUUUAUUUAUCUGUUUCUGAUUUCAAAUUUGUUGUUGAAUUGUGCGCAUCUAUAUAAUGACAAUUAAAAAUAUAACGUAUAUUUAUACAAGUUGAAGCGAUAACUUGCGAAAUUUUAUUUAAAAAGCAUAGUAAAAAGUGAAAAUGGUGGAUAUAAAGAGCAAUUCUCCUAUUGGAGAGAAUGACUCACAUUAUGAAUCAAGGAUACGAGCCAACAGCUCUGGCACAAUGGCAUCAACACCCUCAUCUUCUUCCGAUUAUAUGACGGGAGAAGCGGAUGACAGCUCUGAUAGCAAAGGAACUAUUCCCUUCAGCUUAAAAUCAGUAGAGACAAUGCUUUCAUUAUCUAAGGAUGCAUCUCAAGAGGACCUUCAAGAGAUGGUACGCAAGUGCAAGUUGAUGGUAUUGGAGAGCGCCGAGUGUUCAGACGAGCGCAAAUGGCUCGUUCGACGGCUGAUCGAAUUGCGGUUGCGUGCGCAGGAAUUGCGCGAGACCUCAGACGAGAAUCUCUUCGAAACUCGUGUAAUCCUGGGACAUCAUUUUGUACCGCAGAAAUAUUACAUCACCACAUCUGGCCCGAUUUACUGUGACCACUGCAGUGGAGCGAUCUGGACGAUGCUGCAAUCAUGGUAUAUGUGCAAUGAUUGCAAAUUUAGUUGCCACUGGAAGUGUCUGAACAACGUGUGUCGUGUCUGCGUGCACGUGGUUGCCAGCGAGGCCGGCGGUUAUACUCAUACAAAAGACAUCUGUCCAGAACAAGGGCUCUCGAAGCAGGGCUACCGUUGCGCGGAAUGCAAAGUGCGAAUAACGUUCACUUUCUCGAAAGGACUAUCGCUAUCCUGCUUCGGCAGUUCUUUUAAAAAUACAGAAUCAGUGUGGGUAGAGCCGCGACUUUGCGACUACAGCGGUCUCUACUACUGUCAAAGAUGCCACUGGAAUACGGCCAUGGUCAUUCCUGCAAGAGUGAUCAGGAAUUGGGAUAUGGAGCCGCGUCUGGUAUCUCGCGCCGCAGCGCAGCUUCUGAUGCUCCUGGAAGAUCGUUCCGUGCUACCGCUAGAAGAGUUAAACCCGAAACUUUUCACCUUGGUCCCGGAUUUAUCCCUCGUAAAGCGAAUGCGAGAAGAAAUGCAAAUGAUGAAGAGAUAUUUAGUCCUGUGCGUGGAAGCUUGCACUCAAGGAUUACCAUGGAAAAUCGGGAUACGCACGCACAUGAUCGAGAAUUCCGGUAAUUACUCCGUCAAGGAUCUCAUCGAUCUCCAAAGUAGCGUUCUUCUGGACGAACUUCGCGCUGCGUACGACACGAUGCAUGCACACAUCACGCAGCAGUGUGAACUCUGCAAAGCAAGGGGACAUUUAUGCGAAAUAUGCGGCAAUGAUGAGAUCAUUUAUCCAUGGGAUGCGAGCUCGAUUAUAUGUCAGCAGUGCUCGGCGGUGCAUCACCGCGUUUGUUGGUCCAAACGUAAUCAUUGUUGCCCACGAUGCGCACGUUUGCAAAAACGCCGCGCCUUGCAAGGUCAGGCAGCGCAGGAUGGUGAAGACUGUGAUACGGACGAUACCGCAAAGGAUUCCUAAACGCAAGCGCUGCAAGCACGUGUUGUAAAAUAUUACUCGUGUAAUGAUUUACAUUUUGUACCUGUUAUUUUUUUAAGCGGAUCAAAAGCGAUUUUAGGCUGUUAUUUUUAUACAUUAAUUAUAUGUUAAAGGUUGUAAAAGUAUCUAUCUGAUUGUGAAUUUAUACAUUGUAUCGUGUAAUUUUGUAACUUGCGGUCUAAUCAGAUUAUAUAAAUGAUGUAUGUAUAUACGAGGAAAAGUUAAAAAGUAAAGAGACAUUUUUAAAUCGUUUGAUUCCUCAAAUGUCUCUUUACUGUUUGACCUUCUAUUAUGUUUAUCCGCCGCAUCUUUUAAUAGUCACACAAACUUUGUACACAAUAUGCAGAGUGUGAGAAAUAUGUAUUCUGCGUACGCAAAUAGCAAUAAUUAUUUAUUAAAUGCGACAGGUUAGUGAUCAUUGUUACACAUUUCUAAUUCUGCGGAAGAAUGUUUAUAAUAAAACACCCGUCAUCAUACAAACGUAAUAAUGCAUAUCAUUUCACGGCUAUAUGUCAUAGCGAUCAAAAUGACCAAGAUGCGAGAAAUAAAAGGCAAAGUCGUCCAUUGUAAAUUAUGCGCAUUGUCGAUUAAUUGUCGCAUCGCUCGAAUGAAUGCUAAUUGCAAAUUUUUAUCUUUGUCGUGCCCUUGACAUUUACACAACUGUUAAAUGACAAUAUUCGAGCUGUUAUCGCGCACCCUACGCGCGCCACCUUCCGCAGGUAGAAUAAGGUACCCACGAAUAACUUAACACAUUGUAGACGAGCUACGUAAUUUAACGUAGUUCCGCAACAAAACGUUUGCGACCGGCUACGUUAAUUCACGUAUUUUUGUGCGCGCUUCUUGCAGGAAGUUUUAGGAACACGGGUGAGUAAUCCUAAAAAAUUUCAGAAAGCAUUUAAAUCGCCGGUCACCAGAAAUAUUUAAUUAAAAGGACUUUCCGGUCUACAAUAUGUUAAGUAAAGUUGUGUCAAACUAUGGUCGUCAGUCAGUUAUAAUCAGAUAAGCGGACAUGUUGUGCGCUACAAUUUUCGCAAGACUCGGAAGAUUAACAAGCUCUCGAGCGAAAAGUUUAUUAUAUCAGCUUAGAUAAAUUUCGCCAUUUCUUACAUCGUUAUUAUUAUCAUUUCUUUUAAAUAUGUUUUUAUAUAUGGUUGUUAAUACAAGGACAAUAUACAUUGUCAAUGUAUUUUAUAUUGUAUUUUUUCCUUGCGAUAGUGCGAUAGUCCAUCUUCAAUAAUUGCUAAAAGUGUGUUAUACUUUUUAAAUUUUAGAAGACAGAAAUGAUUGAACAAAUCUAAAUAAAAGCGCAAGUGGACUAUCGAGGUAAAGUAAAAAAUUGUUUAUUCUGGUUAUAGCGUAAUUUAUUUACGCUUUUGUGAAAUUUUUCAUAUUUUUUAUA